UACAAUCAGCUGCGAGUAAAGAAUCAAAAAUGUUGGUUUUAUUUGAAACCGCGGCUGGAUACGCCAUAUUCAAGCUGCUUGAUGAAAAAAAAUUGAAGAAGACUGACAAGCUCUAUGAAGAAUUUACCACAGCCGAAGGAGCCAGCAAAAUGUUGAAAUUGCAACAUUUCAAGAAGUUUAAAGAUACCACAGAAGCCCUUGCUGCUGCCACAGCCUCUAUUGAGGGAAAGAUGAAUAAAUCACUCAAGAAGCUCCUAAAGAAGGUUUUAGUAGAACCCUCCCAAGAACUUGCCGUAGCAGAUGCCAAGCUAGGAAAUGUUAUCAAGGACAAGUUUGAUGUAAAUUGUGUGUGUAACACUUCUGUCAGUGAACUCAUGAGAGGAAUCCGCUCACAAAUGAACAGUUUGAUAACUGGUCUCCCAGAGAAGGAAAUGGCAGCUAUGGCUCUCGGGCUGGCUCAUAGUUUGUCCCGUUACAAGUUGAAAUUCAGUCCAGACAAAGUAGACACAAUGAUUGUACAAGCAAUAUCUCUACUUGAUGACCUUGACAAAGAGUUAAACAACUACAUCAUGAGGACACGAGAGUGGUUUGGCUGGCAUUUUCCAGAACUUGGCAAAAUUGUGCAAGACAAUUUAGCCUAUGCUAAAACUGUCAAGUUAAUGGGGUACAGGACAAAUGCAGUAAACAUUGACUUUUCCGAUAUUCUACCUGAGGAGGUGGAACAAGAACUGAAACAAGCUGCUGAAAUCUCCAUGGGUACAGAAAUCUCUGAAGAAGACUUAACCAACAUAACUUACCUUUGUGAACAGGUAAUAGAUAUAACAGAAUACAGAGCCCAGCUAUAUGACUAUGUGAAGAACAGAAUGAUGGCUGUUGCACCUAACCUGACUAUUCUAGUAGGAGAACUUGUAGGAGCACGUCUUAUAGCACAUGCAGGUUCACUAUUGAACUUGGCAAAGCAUCCAUCAUCAACAGUACAGAUCUUAGGAGCUGAAAAAGCUUUGUUUCGUGCCUUAAAGACUAAACAUGACACGCCCAAAUAUGGUUUGAUAUACCAUGCCUCGCUUGUUGGACAAUCAAACACAAAAAUGAAAGGAAAAAUGUCGCGUAUGCUGGCAGCGAAGUCAGCCCUAGCUAUACGUGUUGACGCACUAGGUGAGGAAACAAACGCCGAGUUAGGAUUGGAACACAGAGCUAAGUUAGAGAAGCGUCUCCGUUACCUUGAGGAAGGUGGUGCACGAAGAAUAAGUGGAUCUGGAAAGUUCCAGGCUAAAUGGGACAAAUUUGAAAAUAAAAGUGAAGUCAAAACGUACAACCCUGCAGCAGAUUCUACUCUUCCAAAAGCCAACAAAAAGAGGAAAUUUGAACAGGAAAAUGGAGAAGUAGAAGCUGAGACUUCAGCUAAAAUUCCUAAAGUAGAACCAAAGGAAGAAUCUUCACCUGAAAAGAAGAAGAAAAAGAAGAACAAGUACAAAGAUUUAGACAAGAGUGUGGAAUCUGUUGAAGUAAAACAGGAGCCAACAGACACUCCAGAGUCAUCAGAAAAGAAGAAAAAGAAAAAGAAGAAGAAGACAAAAGAGGAAUCAGAUUAGACAAAUAUACCAAGUCAGACAGAGACUGAUUAUAUAGGAAUGGGUUAAAAAAACCCAGAGCUAAGAAUUAUUUACCUUGGAGUAUCACAGACUUUAACAUCAUAGACAAACCAGUACAAAGGGAGACAAGCCAGUACAAAGGGAGACAAACCAGUACAAAGGGAGACAAAUGCUGAUUCUUUAUGAAUGGAUAAAAACCCAGAGCUAUGAAUUGUUUACCUUAGAGUAUCACAGACUUUGAUGUCAUAGACAAUCCAUUACAAACGGACACAAAUGCUGAUUCUUUAUGAAUGAAUAAAAAACUCAAGAGCUAUGAAUUUUUUACCUCAAGAGUAUCACAGACUUUGAUGUCAUACCUCAGUUCUAUUGAUUUAGUAACCAUGACAAUGCUUAGAACUUAAGAGAUGACAAGAUACACCAUCUUCGGUUUAAACAUUUUCACUCUCAAGCUUCUUAACCAAGUCAGUAUUGGUUGUUAUAUCCAGCCACUAGAAUUGUCAGCAAUGAAAAUGAGUUUAACAAAGCUCUUUCCUUUUAGGCAUUAAGUCCACUCUAAUGUCUGGAGUCAUGGUGAUGUGUUGGCACUCUAGGCUGAUUUCUGGAUACACACUUACACCAGAGCAAAAUUAACAAAAUCAAAUCAGAAACAUCGCCAUUUCAAAUUGUUCCUCGUUACAUCAAACCCUCAAUCAUAAUGCUCUCUGUGUGAAACUUUGAUAUAUGGCUACUUACACACAGAAUUUCGGAACUUGGUAACUAAGACAUAAGUAUUGUUCUACUGUACUUAAAACAAGUGUACUAUAAAUAGAAUGAAAAUGUUUGCAACUACAUUUAAAACUAAAUUUAUUCUGAAGUUUUUAUAAAAUUUGAACACCUUCCAUACCAUUAAUUUUUUAAUGUAUAUAAUGUAAUAUAUUCUUCAAAAAAAUAAUAAAACAACAUUUAUUUUCACACACUUAAUAAAUGGAAUCUGCCCAUUGUGCCAGCAACAUUCUGUUUGAAGAGCUACAUCUACAUACAGAUUUGAGUAGAGGGAUUCUCUAUGAAUUUUCCAAGCUGAUUGGAAUUCAGACUUCUACAUUGAAGUAACUCUCAAUCAUUAUAGAAGAUAUUGUACAUGUAUACAUUUUUACUGACUAGGCACUGAUAUGACAAAUGUCUUUUGAAUAAUUGUUGAUAAUCAAGGUCAAGUCUCUAUCUGUCUUAGCUUUGUUACACCUUGAUGGGAACAAUGAAGUCAUAUUGUGAUGGUGUUUAUCAUGUAGGAAGACUGCUUACGUAAUUAAUACAUCCCAUUUUCAAUUUAUAUUCUCUGUAUCAAAUCUUUCAUUUCUCCAGGUUUGGUUUUUAUCCUAAAGUGGCAGGUUGCAACUUAUUAACAAAAGUUUUUCUUGAAAUCUUUUUUAAGGUUGUAUGCUUCCAUACCAUGUUUUGUACUCCUGUUCCAAAAGAUUUGAUUAAAAUCUUGUAGAAUUACUUGAACAGAUUGUUGUAGAGAUGGAGCUGAUAGUGUACACAAAACUAAGGGAGAUAAUUCUUAUAAAAAUUUAUGUGUUCAUCACUUUAGGUACAAUGUAUGAAAGUAUAUAGCCUAAAGUUAAGUCUUUCAUUAUUCAAGUCUGUGGCUUUGUCAGUGUUCUUAUAGAAAAGAGUUAUCUCCCUUGUACAUCUGGUCAGAAGGGAGAUCUUUUAAAACUUUGUUAAAACUUACAUUAUGUAUGAAGUGUACAAUUUGUUAUGUUUUAUCAUUUGAUAUUCAUCUUGUAUAAAGUCAUU